AUGCCUGGGUACCUUAGUAUACAGCUCUCUUUCGAGCUCAUGAGAUUGAUUCCGACCGAACUCGUCACGGUCGGGACCACGCAGCUGUUGAACUUCGCACGGGAGCUUCGAACGUCGGGAUCCGAUACCGUCGUGGAGGAAGACCUAGCAGCUAUCUUUGGGAGAGGUCAUAUCUCACCAGAGAUCGAGCCGGCUACAGCCUACAUUGGAUUCGAUGACAUUAUGAAGACGCCGAUGGCUUGUGGUGGCCAGAGCGCUGCAUUCCAAUGGUCCACAUACCGCGAGAGAGCCGAAAAUGAGUUAUGGAAGCUCAUACCCAGCUAUCGGUAUCGUCCGGCGUAUAUCCACUUGAGCGCGGCUGUCAUUACUGGCGCAAUGGACUUUUUGUACCUCGCACAGAGCCUCCCAGAGGAUCGGAAAUUUACCAUACAGGAUCAGUCUGGCUGCAUGACGCUCGUCAUAUGGGUCCAUUUCAUUUUAGGAUUGUCGGUAGUCAACAGUGCGUCUGACAAUAUCCAGGUCAUUUCAGAACCGCUGACGAUGCUCAAGUACAUAAGUUAG